AUGGGAACAUAUUUCGUGGAUAAACAAGACAUCCUUGAUGCCAUCAAAAGUUAUGCAGUAGACAAUGGAAAAAAUUUGAAACUUGUUAAAAAUGAUAAAAAAAGAAUUAGGGUUAAAUGUUUGGGAUCAAAAGGAGAAUGUCCGUGGAUGGCAUAUUUUGGUUUCAUGGAUGCAGUAAAGUCAUGGCAACUGAGGAUUGUGGUUGACAAGCAUACAUGCAGUAGGGAACACAAGUUGCGAGUAUUCAAUGCAAAAUGGCUUAGUAGAAAAUUGGAAAAAACAUUGAGAGAGAAUCCUAAUGUAAAGGGAGUUGAUAUUAGAGAUAAAAUUACUAGGAAAUGGAAUAUAGCAAUUUCUAAGAACAUGGCUUACAGGGCCAAAGCCUAUGCAUCAGACGAAGUGGAUGGGUCCUUCAGUAAGCAGUAUAGUAGAAUUUAUGAUUAUGCUCAUGAGUUAUUAGGAAGAAAUCCUGGCUCCACAAUCAAGGUGAAAGUUGAGUCAUAUGAUGGGAAAUCAAUCUUCAAGAGGUUUCACGCAUGCCUAAAGGCAUGCAAAGAUAGCUUUGUCUCAUGUAGGCCAAUCAUUGGCCUUGAUGGAGCCUUUUUGAAAGGCAGACAUCGUGGUGAGCUAUUAACUGCUAUGUUAUUGAUUGAAGACCUUGGUGGACCUGAGGUGUGUUCUUCACUUACAAUCAUAUCAGAUCAACAGAAGGGUUUGUUACAAGCAGUACAAGAUGUUGUUCCUAGAGUUGCACAAAGAUUUUGUGUAAGGCAUUUAUAUGCCAACUUCAGGAAGAAAUUCCCUGGAAAGAACCUGAAAAAGCUUAUGUGGAGGUUUUGGUCUAGAUCAAGGUUCACAACCACAACUCAAUGUGAUACUUUAGUUAAUAACAUGUCAGAAGCCUUUAACAUUGUGCUGGUAAAUACGAGGACAAAACCAAUUAUUACAAUGUUGGAGGAAAUCAGACUAUACAUGAUGAAGAGAUGGGCCACUAAUAGGUCAAGGGUAACGUCAUUUAAGUCAUCAAUUUGUCCAAAAAUACUGAGUAGACUACUAAAGGAGGGACUACUAACAAAGAAUUGGAUUCCCAGCUGGUCUGCACAAAGGCUAUUUGAAGUCAGACAUGUGUCCCAAAGUGAGGAAAAGUUUGUGGUGGAUGUAGAUCAAUAUUCAUGCUCCUGUAGGAAAUGGAGCAUCAGUGGCAUACCUUGCGUACAUGCACUGGCAACAAUGAGGUUUCUCAACAUAGAUCUAGAGGACUACAUACCUGUGUGCUUUAAAAAGUCUACAUAUGAAGAAAUUUAUUCCUCCAUUAUAUAUCCCAUUAAUGGAAACAACCUCUGGGAGGUAACCCAAAGUCCAGAUGUCAUGCCUCCAUUAACAAGACAAAUGUCUGGGUGUCCUAAGAAGAAAAGGAGGUUAGAGUAA